GGGGUUGGGACCUCGGCAGCAGGUCUGCCCGGGCCAGACGCGCGAGCGCAGGCAGCGGCUGCAGGUUUCGGGCUCUCCCAUCUCAGUUCUCCGGUCCCGGCCCUCCGACCGCCCCCACCGCAACCCGCCGCCAUGCGCUUCAGCUGCUUAGCGCUGCUCCCGGGCGUGGCGCUGCUGUUCGCUUCGGCCCGCCUUGCCGCCGCCUCAGAUGUGUUGGAACUGACGGAUGAAAACUUCGAGAGUCGCGUCUCCGACACGGGCUCAGCGGGGCUCAUGCUCGUCGAGUUCUUCGCCCCCUGGUGUGGACAUUGCAAGAGGCUUGCCCCUGAGUAUGAAGCUGCGGCAACCAGAUUAAAAGGAAUAGUCCCGUUAGCAAAGGUGGAUUGCACUGCCAAUACAAACACCUGUAAUAAGUAUGGAGUCAGUGGCUACCCAACUCUUAAAAUAUUUAGAGAUGGUGAAGAAGCAGGUGCUUAUGAUGGGCCUAGGACUGCCGAUGGAAUUGUCAGCCACUUGAAGAAACAAGCUGGACCAGCUUCAGUUCCUCUCAGAACUGAGGAAGAAUUUAAGAAGUUCAUUAGUGAUAAAGAUGCCUCGGUGGUGGGCUUUUUCAGGGAUUUAUUCAGUGAUGGGCACUCUGAGUUCCUAAAAGCAGCCAGCAACUUGAGAGAUAACUACCGAUUUGCACACACCAACCUUGAGUCUCUGGUGAAGGAGUACGAUGAUAAUGGAGAGGGGAUCACUAUAUUUCGUCCAUUACAUCUUACUAACAAGUUUGAAGACAAAACUGUGGCAUAUACUGAAAAGAAAAUGACCAGUGGCAAGAUCAAGAAGUUUAUUCAGGAAAGCAUUUUUGGUCUCUGUCCUCAUAUGACAGAAGAUAAUAAAGAUUUGAUACAAGGCAAGGACUUACUAACGGCUUACUAUGAUGUGGACUAUGAAAAGAAUGCUAAAGGCUCUAACUACUGGAGAAACAGGGUCAUGAUGGUGGCAAAGAAAUUCCUUGAUGCUGGACACACACUCAGCUUUGCUGUAGCUAGCCGUAAAACCUUUAGCCAUGAACUGUCUGAUUUUGGCUUAGAAAGCACUACUGGCGAGGUUCCUGUUGUGGCUAUCAGAACUGCUAAAGGAGAGAAGUUUGUGAUGCAGGAGGAGUUCUCGCGAGAUGGCAAGGCUCUUGAGCGGUUCCUGCAGGAAUACUUUGAUGGCAACUUGAAGAGAUACCUGAAGUCUGAACCCAUCCCAGAGACCAACGAAGGACCUGUUAAGGUUGUGGUAGCAGAAAAUUUUGAUGACAUAGUGAAUGAAGAAGAUAAGGAUGUGCUGAUUGAAUUUUAUGCUCCUUGGUGUGGUCACUGUAAGAAUCUGGAACCCAAGUAUAAGGAGCUGGGAGAAAAACUCAGCAAAGACCCAAAUAUUGUCAUAGCCAAGAUGGAUGCCACAGCCAAUGAUGUGCCUUCUCCAUAUGAAGUCAAGGGUUUUCCUACAAUCUACUUCUCACCAGCCAACAAGAAGCUAACUCCAAAGAAGUAUGAAGGUGGCCGUGAAUUAAAUGAUUUUAUUAGCUAUCUACAACGAGAAGCUACAAACCCCCCUGUAAUUCAAGAAGAAAAACCUAAGAAGAAGAAGAAGGCACAAGAGGAUCUCUAAAGCAACAGCCAAAUGCACCACUUUAUAAAAGGACUCUUACACCAGAGAAGGCAAAACCAUCAGAGAGGACAGAAGGGAUAUACUCUGAAUCCUGUUAAAUUUUCUCUAAACUGUUUCUUAGCUGCACUGUUUGAAACUACCAGGACCAGUUUAUGUUUGUGGUUUGGGGAGAAAAUUAUUUGUGUUGGGAAGAAUGUUGUGGGGGUGGGGGGAAUUGAGUUGGGGGGUUAUUUUCUAAUUUUUUUUGUACAUUUGGAACAGUGACAAUAAAUGUGCCCCCUUUA